CUUUACAGUGUCAUAAUAUUAUGGUACAAACCCUUAUUUUGAAGAUAAAAAUAUAUACGGAGUAAUUUUUUUUUUGAAGAUAAAUGUUAUGUUUACUCUAAAAGAUUUUUUUAACAAUUUCGGUCGGUAUUUUCUCUCGAUCAUCUAAACAAGCACAGGAGCCAUUUUUUUAAAGAUAACAUCCCUAGAUUUUAAUUCUGAUUUUAAUGAAAAAUGGAGUUUUUGGGUCUUCUGAAAAUCCAUGUUUGCAGAGGCAUCAAUCUUGCCGUCAGGGAUACGCGUAGCAGUGAUCCAUAUGUUGUAAUCACGAUGGGAAAUCAGAAAGUGAAGUCUCCAGUUGUCAAGGAUAAUUGCAACCCUGUCUGGAAUGUGGACAUGACUCUUGCUAUCAUCAAUGAUCCAAAUAUCCCAAUCAUACUUACACUCUAUGACAAAGAUACAUUCACCGUAGAUGACAAAGUGGGGGAUGCAGAGAUAGACAUUAAGCCAUAUCUUGAAGCAAUGAAAAUGGAUUUGAAAGGGUUGCCAAAUGGUAGCAAAGUUCAGAGUGUCCAGCCAAGCAGGGAAAACUGCCUGGUAGCCGAGAGCCACAUUGCCUGGGAAAAUGGUAAAAUGACACAAGAAAUGAUCCUUCGACUAAGAAAUGUAGAAUGUGGUGAAGUUGUGAUCCAAAUUGAGGUAAUUGAUGCUCCAUCGCCUAAAGCUGAUCUCUUCUAAGGAAGGGUUUUCACACUUAUUGUUUGUUGUAGAAUUACGUUAGCGAAGCUUAAUUAUAUGUAGCUUAGCCGGUAACUUUCUAUCAGAUUCAUCUCUAUAAUAAGUUUAUGACCCUCGCAGCGUUUUGGUUCAGACAUUUGAGCUCAUUAUCUUCAAUGACAGAUACAUUUAUAGAUCUUUGUAUAUUUUAUGGCCUGGUAAAUAAAUCAAAGGUACUUGUGCCU